AUGUCUAUUCGGAAGGAAAAUGAAGAUCUGCGUGCCAAAAACAAUACAUUAACCUCACAACUUGGAAAAUUAAAUGAUAGGAUACGAGAUUUGGAACAGUACAGCAGAACAAACAAUGUGGAAAUUAGUGGGAUUCCAAAAACUGCUAAUGAAAACGUCAAAUCUGUAGUGAAGGACAUUGGGUCAGCAUUGGGUCUGGAGGUGGAGACAAGCAGCAUCGCAGCAGCCCACAGAAUCCCUUCGUACAAUAAAACCCGAGUGCCAUCCCUGGUGGUACAGUUUACGGAGAGGACAAUGAAGGAAGCAUUUAUCAACAAGUUUAAGGAGGCUAGGGCAAGGAAUGAACACCUCACGGCUGAUAAAGUGAACAACACCUUUCCCCGGGACAGAGUAUUCGUGAAUGAUCACCUAUCUCCAGAAAACAAGAUCUUCCUAUCCAAGUUGAAGCAGAAGUGCGCUGAAGUCGGUUACUCUUUCGUAUGGUGUCGAGGUGGGAAAUUCUUUGUGCGGAAAUCUGAAGGUGAGAAGGCGAUCAAAGUGAGUACCUACGAGGAGAUAGGAAAGAUCAAAUAA